AAAUCCGAACACUCUGCCUUCUCUGUCCUAAUCCCAGGGAACUGGUUUUACUUUUUUCAGGUCUUACUGAAGUGAAAAUUGAUGAGUUUCCUCGCCAUGGGAGUAACAUGGAAGCCAUGGGCAAGCUAAAACCUUACUUUCUUACUGAUGGGACGGGAACCGUUACCCCAGCUAAUGCAUCAGGGAUAAACGAUGGUGCCGCUGCUGUGGUUCUCAUGAAGAAGACAGAAGCUGAGAGUCGAAUGCUGAGACCUUUAGCAAGAAUAGUUUCCUGGUCACAGGCUGGUGUGGAGCCUUCCAUUAUGGGAGUAGGACCAAUUCCAGCCAUCAAGCAAGCCGUUGCAAAAGCAGGCUGGUCCCUGGAGGAUGUUGAUGUGUUUGAAAUCAAUGAAGCCUUUGCAGCAGUGUCUGUUGCAAUAGCCAAAGAACUUGGAUUAAACCCCGAGAAGGUCAACAUCGAUGGAGGAGCCAUUGCCUUGGGCCAUCCUCUGGGAGCAUCUGGCUGUAGGAUUCUAGUGACCUUGUUACACAGCCUUGAGAGAAGGGGCGGGACACGUGGUGUGGCAGCCCUGUGCAUUGGGGGUGGGAUGGGGAUAGCAAUGUGUGUUCAGAGAGGAUGACCUGCCUGACAGCCAUCAGCCUUGAAUGUUCUUGUUCAAUCAGUGAAACACUAGAUAGUAGGUGAAAUCAGAGGGCCAAAGUGAAGACAGGAACCCAGGUGGACAGCUUGCUGGACUUUAAUGUGAGUCACCCAAGGCUAAGACAUUGCACCUGACACUGCUAUAAAUAAAAGGGAGAUCCAAUCAGUCA